AUGACGGACCACACGGCGUCACUCGAAGAGAGCAACGCGGCGCGCCUGCCACUUGGCUACCGCGACUCGUGCAGCGCGCUGCUGAUCCCGCUGAACAAGUGCCGUCGGAAGACGUUCUACGCGCCGUGGGCCUGUGAAGAGGAGCGCUUCCUCCAGCGCCAGAAGAAGCUGCAAGCGCUUGCCGCUGAAAAGGCCAACGAGGCGGCGGAAGACAUGUAA